UGAUGACGUGAGGGGUAUAAGUCCUUUUUCCAAAGUCGAGAGAUAUUUUUGAUCCUUUUCCCUUUAAUUAAAGUUGACCUUUGGGAAUUUGUUCUAGUUAAGUUUAAUUUGUUUAAUCUCUGUAUUAAUUCUGUUCAAACUUCAUUGGACUAUACCAUUUUUUCCUCAAAUCCUCUCUCCACUGUGGGUGAUUGAAGAAGAGUCCAAAUACUGCUCAACAGCUGAAGCACACAUAAGGGUACUUGAUAAUAUUUGUAAUCCUAGUUCUUGCUUCUUGGUUAUUAUUGUUACAUGAUGUCUCCUAAAGGAAGAAAUCAUUGUCGAAGUUUACCUUUUGACGUCCUUGUCAACCUUCCUGAUAAUGUAAUUGAUGUCAUUCUGACACAUUUGCCUUACAAAGAUGCUGUGAGGACAAGCGUCUUAUCGAAGAAAUGGAGGCACAACUGGUGUAGACUUAUAGAGUUGACGCUUGAUGAAUCUCUUUGGGAAACACAAAAGGAUCUACUAAAUCCUACAGCUAAAUUUAGAAAGAUUAUCUACCAUCUUUUGACCCUUCAUGAAGGACCCAUUACUAAGUUUACCCUCGACAUUGCCAAUUUGAGAAGCAGUCCUGAUAUUUGCGACUUCAUAUAUUUCCUACCUAGGACUGACAUUCAACAUCUUGUUCUUCACCUUCCAUGGAAAAAGCUAUACAAAUUUCCUUCUUCACUUUUCAGAUGUUGGCAGCUAAGGCAUCUAAAUCUUCAUAAUUGCCUAAUUAUUCCUCCAUUGGCCUUUGACAGAUUUGAUAGGUUAGUCAGUCUGGAACUAUGUAGAGUCACAGUUUCCUCUGAAUUUCUCGGAAUUUUAAUAUCUCAUUGCUCGUUGCUUGAGCAGUUGGUGCUGAAAAUAUCGGAAACUUCAGACAUCAUUGAAAUUAAUGCCCCAAUGCUGAGAUCCUUUGAUUUCAUGGGCAAUAUAAGUUUUAUCUGUUUAAAGAAUGUCCCUCUUUUGGCAAAAGCAUCUCUGAUAAGCAAGAGUUCUUCUACGGAGGCAGAGAAUUUUGAUUAUGCAAAGUUUUUCGAGUCUUGUUCUGCUCUUGAGCACCUACUCUUGAACUUUGGUUAUAGCGAGUUCUUUGCAGAUGAAGUACCGACAAGGCUUCCCAUUUAUCUUAACCGUGUCAAACGUUUUCACCUGCCUGAAAUUAUGCUGAAGGAAUCAUAUAAGCUCUCGUGUGCUCUCUGCUUGUUAAGAAGCUUCCCAUAUUUGGAAUAUCUCAAAAUUGAGGUUCUUAAUGUGUGGCCGGUUUACAAUGAAGUUGAUAGUAUUCAAGAAUCCCUUGACUUCGAACAUUUCUCAAAUGUCACAUUUAAUCACCUCAGAAAAGUUACGCUAGUAAGGUUUGGAGGAACAACGCCUGAAAUGCAGCUUAUCAAGCUUUUGUUAGCCAAGGCCCCAAUGUUGGUGAAAAUGGUAAUCUAUCCAGUAUUUUAUCUUGACACAAGAUCAGAAAUACUCGCUGAGCUAUCCAAAUUUCGGCAUGCAUCACCUACAGCAGAAAUAGACUAUCAUAUGGAAGUUAAAACGGAAUAGGUAGAAACAAAUGUCGAUGUAGUAGUAUAACAUUGUGUCUUGCCUUUCCGUAAUAAGAUAAAGAGACAAGUGAUUAUCUGUUUGGGAACAUGAGCAUUUUUGGAUGGAUGUUUUGAUUAGUUUGUUCUGUAUAACAUUGUCAUUACAUGUUUAAGGAUUUUUUUACAUUUUAGUGCCUGCUCAUAAACGAUUUGUGGAAUU